GACAAUAAAUAAAAAAAUUUGCAGCCCAUCAACUGAACAAAACCAUUGAAAAAAAAAUAAACUAAAAUUCUAGGGCUUGUCAAGUGUGAACUUGGAAUUCCAUGGACGACAUGGCUGCCUACUACUCACAGCCCCAACCGUCGGGCCUUCUCCCUUACCAGUACUACCAACAGCCGCCUCCGCCACCUCCUCCGCCGAUGAUGGCGGUAGUGCCACCGCCCCCCGGCGCGGUUGUCCCGCCGGCGCACCACCUGCAUCCGCCUUACGUGGCUCAGCAUCAGCAGCAAGCGGUGUUCGGUUCCUACGGUGCUCCUCAAUCCUCCACCCACGAGGUUCGCACUCUCUUCGUCGCUGGCCUCCCCGAAGACGUAAAACCCCGCGAAAUCUACAACCUCUUCCGCGAAUUUCCCGGUUACGAGUCCUCGCAUCUUCGGAGUCCCUCUAAUUCGUCGCAGCCUUUUGCUUUCGCUGUGUUCGCGAGUCAGAAGUCAGCAAUCUUGGCAAUGCAUGCUCUGAAUGGACUGGUGUUUGAUCUCGAAAAGGGUUCCACUCUUUAUAUUGAUCUUGCAAAAUCAAACUCUAGAUCUAAACGCACAAGGAUAGAUGAUGAGAGGGUUGGCGCGGAUAAGAAAGCUAGAGGCCUUACACCAUCAUGGUCCACUCCUGAUUCUGCAGGUGUUGGCAGCAUUCACAUGCCAGGAAUGGGUAAUCCUGCUUUCAACACGAACACGUUUGGUUAUCCAUCUGCACAAAGUCUUGGGAAUGCUGAUGGGAGUGCCAUGAGUGACAGUCUAUUUGCGAAUCUGAAGAAGUCUUCAACACCUUACAUUCCUCAAAACUCAACCCCAUGUGCAACUUUAUUUGUAGCUAAUCUGGGGCCGUCUUGUAAUGAACAAGAGCUAAUCCAAGUGUUUUCUAGAUACCCCGGAUUCUUGAAACUGAAGAUGCAGAGCACGUAUGGAGCUCCAGUUGCAUUUGUUGAUUUCCAGGAUGUUGGUAGCUCAACUGACGCUCUAAAUAGUCUGCAAGGCACAAUUCUUCACUCCUCACAAUCUGGCGAGGGAAUGCGUUUGGAAUAUGCUAAAUCGCGAAUGGGCAUGCGGAGGAAGCCCAAUAGAUAAUAAAAAAAAAACCAACGAGAAUAUGAAUUGUUAUUUGCGGCUACAAUAGAAUGGAAGCUACCAAUGGUGUGUAUUUUAUCCACUGUAAUUUAUAUGAAAGCUACCUUUUGCAGCUUUUAAAGAUUGGUGAAUAUAUGUUAUAUUUUAUCCAAUGGUGUAAUUUAUUUCGUGUAGUUUGUAUUUGUAUAUUAUAGCUUAUUAAAAUUGAUGAUGAUAAAAGUCAACAGAGAUAGUAGCCAUUUGACAUUUU